UCGGGCCUCAGAGCUGUUCCCUCCCCAUGGGGCGGGGCCACGAGCCAGGGCCGAGCCUUCCCUUCCCUUCCCUUGACCGCUGCCGGGAUGUGGGGCCUCGGUCGGUGGGUGCUGCUACCGGCAUGGCUUCGGCCUGCCCGGGCGGCGAUUCCUUGGGCUGCAGGAGGAACGGGACCGGCCGGCACCGAGGAGGCGGCUGCGGCGUCCGUGCUUCAACAGAGGCGGAGCAAGGUGCCCAGGAGUCCAACCUGGAAGCCCAGUGAGUUCAGCCAGCCUCCGGAGGUAUCCAUGGAGAUGGUCGACCACCUGGAGCGCCUGGCACUUGUAGAUUUUCGGAAUCAGGAAGGAGUGCAAAGACUGGCAAGUGCCAUACAAUUUGCCAACCAGCUGCAUGUUGUUGACACUGAGGGAGUGGAGCCCAUGGACUCAGUACUGGAGAAUCGGCCUUUGUAUCUGCGUGCGGAUGAAGUCACAGAUGGUUACUGCACAGAGGCGGUCUUGAGCAAUGCAAGGCAAGUUGUAGAGGAAUACUUCGUGGCACCUCCAGGCAAUAUUCCACUUCCACGGAAAGAGGAGAGAGAUGAUGGUCUUUAAUAUUCCGAAUGGCAAACACGGACUUGCUGCUUUACGGCAGAUACUGAAUUCAAAGCAAACAUCUGGUCGCAGCGAUCCACUGAAGACUG